AUGGCUCUCACUAGACAAGCGUUUGUCGGCACCUUCAUCCACAGCAAAACUAAAGCUGAGCUUGAAUACACCCAUGAGACCGUGCUUCUCAUCGACGAGAAUGGCAUCAUUGCCAGAAAGGGUCCUGCCAAGGACUUGUCGGCGUUGAUCCAGUCCCUGGGCUGGGAUGAGAGCAGUGUCAACGUGACACGCAGCCCUCGAGGCGAUUUCUUCUUUCCGGGCUUCAUCGACACGCACAUUCACGCCUCACAGUAUCCCAAUGCCGGCAUCUUUGGCAAAUCCACCCUCCUCUCCUGGCUGGAAAAGUACACCUUCCCGCUCGAGUCGUCCCUCAAGGACCUCGCGCGCGCCCGGCGCGUCUAUACAGCCUGCGUGAAGCGGACGCUGGCGCACGGCACGACGACAGCGGCGUACUACGCCACCAUUGACGUGGACGCGACCAACCUCCUCGCCAAGCUCUGCUUCGACCUGGGACAGCGCGCGCUGGUGGGACGCGUCUGCAUGGACCGACCAGGUAUUUGCCCCGACUAUUACCGCGAUGAGUCCGCCGAGGAGGGCCUCCAAAAUACAAAAGCGUGCAUCGAGUACAUCCAGCAGCUGAAGGGCAACGGAGACGAUGCCCUCGUGCGCCCAGUCCUCACGCCGCGGUUCGCGCCAAGCUGCACAUCAGACUCGAUGCGUGAGCUCGGCGCGUUGGCGAGGGAGAAGGACCUACACGUGCAGACGCAUAUCUCCGAGAACAAGGGGGAGAUCGAGCUCGUAAAGGAGCUGUUUCCGGGGUACGAGGACUACACAGACGUGUACGACAAGCACGACCUGCUCACGCCCCGGACCAUCCUCGCGCACGGCGUCCACCUCUCGGAGCGGGAGGCGCGCGCCAUCGCAGCCCGGCAGAGCAAGGUCGCACACUGCCCGUGCAGCAACUCAUCGCUCAGCAGCGGGACGGCGCGCAUCCGCUGGCUGUGGCGGCAUGGCGUCGACGUCGGCCUGGGCACGGACGUGUCGGGGGGCUACUCGCCGUCGGUCCUCGAGGCGGCGCGCCAGGCGGCACUCGUGAGCCGACACGUCUGCAUGAACACGCAGGACGACGAGGACAAGCUGAGCGUGGAGGAGGUUCUGUACCUUGCUACGAGGGGCGGCGCCCAGUGUGUCGGGCUCGAGGGUACGGUGGGUGCCUUUGAGGAGGGCAUGGCCUGGGACGCGCAGCUCGUACGGUUGCGGAACGUGCCCGAGGGGGAAGAAGAGGAGGCAGGCGAUGGUGGCAACGUGGAUCUGUUUGGCUGGGAGGACUGGGAGGAGAAGAUGGCCAAGUGGGUGUACUCUGGCGACGACCGCAACACGGACAGGGUAACGUUGACCAUCAUGGCCUGCUUCAACACAAUGUCCGUCCCCUCGCUGCCCAGAUGGCUCGUCUACCUGCGCGUCGCCAUCUUACUCGUCACAGCCGGCGCCGUUGGUACGACAGCCUAUAACGCGAGCCUGCACCACAAGGACUGGGCGUUUCUCGUCAACGACGCCGCCAACAUUGUCCACUUCUCCGGCGUGCUGACCCUGGCCAUCGUCACGACCAUGCUGGUCAUGGAAUACACGUCCAAGGGUGGUAGAUUCUACUACCAACUGGCGUUCGUCGUCUUGUUGGGCGUCAAAUCGGUCUUCUGGCUCGGUUGCUGGCUCUGGGAGGUGAGAUUGGCGGGCCAGGUGAAGGAGGUCGAGUGGGUGGAGGACUGGGGCCGCAUGUCGUCUUGGCCGGAGGGCGAUGGUUUCCUUUGGAGGCGCUUCUAUGCUGCCUUGAUUGCGAGCACGGUUGUGGCCGCUGUCGACUGGUUCCUGAUCAUCAUACUGCUCGCCGUCCUUGUCCGUGCGUGCUUGAGCGAUGGCCGCCGUGUCGAGGAUGAGGAUGUCGAGAUGCAUCUGCCCAAGGCCGCAGUUCAAGAUAACAGACACGAAACUCUCUCAAUAUCAAUGAUUCUCGCCCUGCGCCCCGAGUAA